UCCGCUUUCAAAGGACUGACUUUCCCGUAAAGUAGCUUUAAUGCAGCUCUCAGAAACGCCAAAUUGUCUUAGUGCUUAAGGGCAGAUUGAUCCUGAGCCGGACAUUUUUAAUUUUUUUAUUUUGACGAUGGUCGGAGGAGGAGGUUCUGGCGAUCUGAACCCGUCGGUGCCCAUCAAGAUCUUUUCGGCCGGGGCGGCUGGCUGCGUGGCGGAUCUGGUCACCUUCCCGCUGGACACGGCCAAAGUCAGACUGCAGAUCCAAGGCGAAUCCAAGCCCUUGGUGAGAGGCCAGAAGGCCACGUACAGAGGAGUGUUCGGCACCAUCUUCACUAUCCUGAGGAGCGAGGGCGCCAGGGGCCUGUACAACGGGCUGAUCGCCGGGCUUCACAGACAGAUGAGCUUCGCCUCGGUGCGAGUGGGCCUGUAUGACACCAUGAAGGAGUUCUACAGCAGGGGCUCGGAGAAUCCUGGCAUCGCGGCCCGACUUCUGGCGGGCUGCAGCACGGGGGCCUUGGCGGUGGCCGUGGCCCAGCCCACCGACGUUGUGAAAGUCCGCUUCCAGGCUCAGGUACGCCUGCCCCAGGGCGCAUCAAUAACCAGGUACAGUGGCACCAUGGACGCCUACAGGACCAUAGCAAAGGAUGAGGGCGUCCGAGGGCUGUGGAAAGGUUGCCUGCCAAACAUCACUCGCAACGCCAUCGUCAACUGCUGCGAGAUGGUCACCUAUGACAUCAUCAAGGAGCGCAUUCUGCAAUAUAAGAUGAUGACGGACAACUUGCCCUGCCACUUUACUGCCGCCUUCGCCGCCGGCUUCUGCACCACGGUGGUGGCGUCGCCGGUGGACGUGAUCAAAACGCGUUACAUGAACUCGGUGCCGGGCCAGUAUGGCGGUGCCAUCAACUGCGCCUUCACCAUGCUGCUCAAAGAGGGAGCCACCGCCUUCUAUAAGGGAUUCAUGGCCUCGUUCCUGCGGUUGGGCUCUUGGAACAUUGUUAUGUUCAUGAGCUACGAGCAGAUUAAAAGAGGUGCGGCUAAACUGCAGAAGUCCAUGGAGUCUUCGCUGUAACCUGUCUGACAGGUUGUCUCUUUGUAUCAAAAAAUUUAAAUACAGUACACAAAUAAAAUAAAAUACAACUACAUGAUGGAAACGCCCCGGGAGGGCGCUUGGGCCUGACUCUCUGGAUGGGUUUCACUGUAGUUGUGUUGUGAAAACAGCAUGAACUAUAAUACUGCCACAUUUUGUGCAUUACUUUUUUUUUUUUUUUAUCCAUUCAUUUUCUGUACCGCUUAUCUUCAUGUGGGCUGCUGGCAUGCUGGCGCCAAUCCCAGCUAUCUUCGGGCGAGAGGCGGGAUACACCAUCCACUAGCCGUUAGCCUAUUGCAGGGAGACAGAAACAAACAUUUGCACUCACAUUCACACCUACGGGUUGUUGUUUUGGAGGGGAGGAAACAAAAAUACAACAAUUUUUUUUUUAUCUGAAAAACAGAAAUGACUCCAAAAAGGAAAUAUACAAGCAUUUUAUUGUUUGAUAAAACUGACAACUAAACGCUAAUUUGUAUCAUAUUUACUGUAAUUUCCGUCCUACAGAGCACACCGGAUUAUAAGCCUCAACGAUUACAUUUGUAAAGGAAAUACCAUUUGGUACAUACAUAAGAUGCACCUGUGCAAAAGCCGCAAGUGCCCACAUUCAAACCCAUAUUGAAACACGAGAUAUUUACAAAGAAAGACGGUACACAGAGUUUUCGAAGUUUUAACCCAUUCAUGGGGAGGGUGGGAAUUUUUUGCCCAAUUGAGAUAAAAGUCUCCUAACAGGCCACAAUCAAGGAAAUACCACUUCUUUUUCGUUUAUCGUUACGUUACAUGAUAACUUUACUCAUUUAUAAUCUCAUCCCAAAAAUGGGACGCUGCCCGUGAGAGGGUACUUGGGUUUUCUUAGUAAAUCAUCCCCAAAACCAAAAUCAGAAUCAGAUUAAAACGCUUAAAUAUUUUAAUAUACUGAAGGAUAUAAUACGUGAAAAUCAUCAUGUCCCAAAAAUGGGACGCUGCCCAUGAAUACCUUAGCUUCGUUUAACAUAGCGACAACAUGGUAGCACAGGGCUGGUUAAAAAAAAAAACAUACUGAUAAAAAAAAAAAAAACAAAAAAAACAGCUGCGGCAGCUAUACAUUAGCAACACUGUAGCACAGCACUAACAGAGCCGGUUUGAAAAAAAAAAGCUACCUAAAUCACUGAGAUGCGGCAGAAACACGUUAGUGUGGCGCUAAUGCUGGCGUGGCGCUAACUGGGCUGGUUAAAAAAAAAAAAAAACACCGGUAAAACUUACUGAGACGGCAGUAACACAGCAGCAACACGCUAGCGCUGCGCUAACAAGGCCGGUUAAAAAAAACAUACCGGUAAAAAUCACUGAGACACGACAGCAACACAGCAGCAACAUGCUAGCACAGUGCUAACGGCCAGUUAAAAGAAAAUUUACCGGUAAAAGUCACUUUCUCGGCACAUAUAUUCCACUGUUAUCACGCUUUUCCGCUCUAAUGAACCCUUGCACAAAUGCACAAAUUAGCCGCAUUACCGCAUAAACUGCAGGGUUGAAAGCGUGUGAACAAAGUCCCGUUUUAUAGGCCGGAAAUUACGGUAUUUAAGAUUAAAUGAGAAAUAUAAUCCAAACAAUUUAUAUAUAUAUAAAAAAAACAUGGAUAAGCAGUGUUGAAAAUGGAUACAUGAAUUUAUUUUGGGGGCAAUUUUUUUUCAAACACGUACGGCUUUGUAAAAACAAUGGCAUCCUGUCAUUGCAAAAAAAACCCAAAGACAAAUCAAAGGUUUAUAUUCCAUUUUCCAAGCCACUUAUCCUCCAGGGUGGCAGUCGCGCUGGAACCGAUACCAGCAAACAUUGGGCACUACACUCUGAAAAUACUUGAAUUCAUCCGUUUACAUACUUGGUGAGAUGAAGUUUUGGUGUCUUUGAAAGUUUCACUGUGCAUUAAAAGGAGAUUUCAAAGGCCAAUGACACUGGGGUUUAUUUUAAUUUGACAUUAUUAUGGAUGAUUACUCUUAUAAAUGUGUAGAUGUUGUAGCCUGUCCAUGAUUCUGUGUGUGUGUUGUCUCAUGAAAUUCUACAAAGACCUCUUGUGGAGGCCUCUGUGCUUAUUUCACAUUACCUUUGUUGACAGUGCAUUUAAAUGUGUCUCUUUUUACUUGUUUGUGAAAAAUAAACGUCUCAGAUGCCACUUGCUCAGAUCCAUUUUAUAAAAUCAAUACUGCUAUCUGCUUCAAAAAUAA